AUGUCCAAACGCGACCAGACUGGCGGUGCAAACGAGUUUGGAGAUGACUUCGAUGAUGAUCUAGAAGAUGACGGUUUCGGUGAUGAUUUCGACGAUGACUUCGAGGAUGCAUUGGUGGAGCUGACGUCAAAGCCAACGUCGGUUACUCCCGCAACGCCGAGUGCUCCAGCUGCAGCAACAGCCCCCAGUCGAUCUGUCGAGGACGAAAUACUGAUGACAAAAGGCGAAAACGCAAUCUUAAGACAGCAAAUCCAGGAAUUAGUUCAAAGGCACAAUAAGGAACAAAAAAGACUUCGUGAGAGUUACGACAAGGAAUUGGGUGACAAGACUAGUAAGGUGAAAGCGUAUGUGGAUGCUAUCAAAAGGGUCGAGGAUGAGAAGAAGUUCCUAGACUCUGAGGUGAAGAAUUUGUCUCUCAGACUGGAUCUGGAAGGUAGCAAGAGAAAAAGACCCAAAACAGGAAAUACUACUGAAUUACGAGCAGAUAAGGUCUCGGAAUCGCAGAUGUCAGAGUCGCCUUUUUCGCUUCGGGGAAGGGCCAUUCCUGCGCCUUCUCAAAAACUUUCUGUGAUUGGUCAGAGAACAGUCAUUCCGUUGGAGAAAGACCUGUUCAUUGAUGCGAUAAUGGCGCAUGUUAUUCCGGGUAGUUCGCGAUCUACUAUGGACUUUCUAUCUAGGAUAGAUUCCGAGGUGGAAUUUAGCAGGGGCCCGUUCAAGAUCACCAAAGGAAGAGAAAGCAUCAAGACUGAGCUGACUAACUAUCUGGUCUCUAUCAAGAAUGAUGAAAGAUUAGACACUCUGAUUUCGGAGUUUUUGCUGUAUUUGCUGGAGUUCUGCAACAAAUUGUUUUCGGCUAAAUCGCUGCUGCCAAUUCCUUUCUUGCAAGCCUUGAUGCAUUGUGCUAUGAGAUACAGACCGGUUGCAGUCCCUAUCAAGACACUAUGGGUUGUGCUCAAUUUCAACGUGGAGGUCUGUACAUCGUAUCCCAAUCUGCUUAGAGGGACAGAGGAUCCUUUUGAAGUUGAUAAACCUGCGUUGACAACCUCCACCACGAUGGAAGAGGUCAAGGUGUUUGUGAAGCACAAGCCUUUCCAAAACGUUGUCUUGGAGAUAAUGGUGACUACUUUUGCACUGGACCUGGUAGAAACAGCAACUGAGUUUGCCAAAUUCAGGAAGGUUGAUGAUCUCAAGGGUUUUUAUACAGACUUUCUUCUUGAAAUUCUCAGUUUGGUUACUCACCAGCAGACCCCCACGAACUAUGUGUUCAACGCUGUUGAGAUUCUGACAAAUGCUGUUGUUCCUGAGGUAUUCGGGACAUCGCAAUCAGACGCAACAGCAGAUGCUAUUACUGAGAAAAUGAUGCUGCUCACGAAGCUCCUUGCUUCGGGGAUGGAGUCCAAGAGCGGAUUGCGAGUAUACGGUUUGAAUCGGAUCGUUGGCUGUGGACGUGAUAUCAAGCUUUUGGAAGCUCUCGUUCCACUUGGGGAUGAUCCCAUGAUAGCAUAUGCAAACGUGUCUCUUGCUCUGCCGUUGUCACCCGACAUGUACAAUGAUAUCAUCAAAAAUAAUGGUGCUCCUCUCAAUACGGUAAACCAAGAACUGCACAGGCUUCACAUCCGUCACGAGGUGCUACGAAUGUUUGAGUUGUAUUUCUCUAGACGAGACAUAGUUCCUCUCAAACCCGAAACCAUGAUCGAGAUUGCUCGCGUUUCCAUCUGGUUGCUUGUCAAACAACAGGAAUACAUUCUGAGAUCACCACGGAGUAGAACGGUACACACGCGGAUCAAGGUGGUCAACUCGAUCGUCCGUGUGGUUCACCACAUUUGCACAGAGUCUGCUCUGGAGAUUUCUCAAUUGCCUCGAGAUGUUCUUCGAGACGUGGUGACUGCGUUCCUAGCAAUUUGUGCCACAACGGUCUCUCACGAGUCAGCCGCAUUCGUUGCACAGGCCCGUAAAGUAGGCUAUAUGCACCCAAUUUUCAAUGCGCAUCUUGAACGCAAGAACGAGGAGGUUUUUGGCAUUGCGUCCCGCCUUCGAGCCGUUUCUCUGGAUGAUUAUCUGCGUGAUGCAUACAUCAUAGAGGAGCACACUAAGGCUGAUACGCAAUCUAAUGGAGUCGAGAUCUCGUAUGAUGACACCACAAUUGAGUUGGCAAGAGAUGUUCUUGGGCUGUGUGUGACUGGAGACGAGGCUGACAGCUUGUACUUUAGUAUGAACUGGGUUGACCCACAGGCGGACAUUGGAUUUGAAGACGAUGACGAGGAGUAA